AUGAUAAAUCCUGUCCUCUUUACUGAUGUACAGUAUGCCAAACGGAAGUAGAAUUCUGCAAGUCUAGUGUUAGGGUAUUUGGAAAACUAAAAUAAAUGCAAAUAGUGUUUUCAGUGAAAUAACUUGCUACAAAAUACCAUGGACACCAGGCUUUUGUGAAUACCUUUGAAAAUCCAGUUAAUUAUUUACAAAAGUAAUACUUGGGGAGUUUUCACAGGUGGUGGAAACUGUUGAUGGAGACAGUAAUGAAGAUGAGAUUUAAAAGCUGUUUUUUCUUCCUAGUUAUGAUGUGUUCAGGCAAGCUUUUUGCAGAAGAUAAACCUUGUGAUUUGCCACAUAUCGAAAGUGGAAAGAUUGCCCAGUACUAUUAUAAUUUCAAAAGUUAUUAUUUCCCUAUGCGUAAGGAAAAAAAACUUUCCUAUUCUUGUAUGGUUGGUUAUACGACUGAAACUGGGACUCAAGAUGGAAGAAUAACUUGUACAGCAAAAGGAUGGUCUCCAGUGCCACAAUGCUACAAAAAAUGUAACAAGCCUGCUUUGGAAAAUGGCUUUUUUUAUGGUACAGAAAUGUACUUCAAAAUACAUGAGAAGCUUCAGUACAAAUGUAAUCCAGGCUACCAUACUCCAAGCGGUGGUACUAAAGAUACAGUGCAGUGUCGGCCAGAAGGAUGGUCCUCCCAGCCAAGCUGUGCUAAAAAAUUUGAGUCAUGUCAGGUACCCAAUUUACAUCACGGCAGCUACUUCACAGCCCAACAGGAGCUUCGACUGAAUGAAACACUACUAUACGAAUGUGAUGUGGGUUAUCGUACUGCAGGAGGAAACUCUACAGAAGUAGCAGUGUGUCUAACACAUGGGUGGUCCCUUACUCCAAACUGCACUAAAAUAACUUGCACCUCUUUGAGUGCAAUAACACAUGGAGGUUUCUAUCCUGUGAAGGAAAUCUAUGAAGAGGGAGAUGUAGUUCACUUUUUCUGUGAGGAAAAUUAUUCUGUCAGUGAAUUUGACCUAAUUCAAUGUUAUUAUUUUGGAUGGCAUCCAGACCCUCCAGUGUGUGAAGAUGUAAAAAAUAAAUGUCCUCCACCACCGCUUCCUCCUCACGCCCAUAUCACCACAGUUAAAAGAACAUAUCACAAUGGAGACAAAGUUCGUAUACAGUGUCAAAGUACCUUUGAAGUAAGAGGAUCUGAGGAAAUCUGGUGUGAAAAAGGAAAAUGGUCAUCACCCCCUAUUUGUAUUGGAACUAUGGAUAAACAGGCAUCUGAGGCACCACCAUCACUCGAGGCAGAUGCAGCAAUAAGGGCAAGCAAAACAUAUCACAAUGAAGAUACAAAAAUGCAGCAAGACUGUACCUCUCCACCUGUGAUUAAAAACAGUGUUCUCUUUGGUCCAUUAUUGACAAGUUACAAAAAUGGUUCCUCGGUAGAAUAUGGUUGUCAGCGUUACCAUUUUUUGGAUGGACCUAGUACUGUUUACUGUGAACAAGGAAACUGGACAGAACAACCAACUUGCUUAGAACCAUGCACUCUUAAUGUAACUGAUAUGAACAGCAACAACAUAGAGUUGAAAUGGAGACAGGAAGAAUUAAUUUUCCUACAUGGUGAUCUCAUAGAGUUUGAAUGUAAACAGGGAUACAAUUUUGUCCAGACUACCAUUCCCUCUCCCGGGAGGACACAGUGUAGCCACGGCAAACUGAAAUAUCCAAAAUGCAUUAUGCAAGCUCCUCCAGAAAAAUGUGACUCUCCACCUUCUAUUGUGAAUGGAGCUCUUACUCUCCCACCCCUGACCUGGUAUGACAGUGGUUCUUCAGUUCAGUAUCGUUGCUCUGAGUAUCAUUUUUUGCAAGGAUCUGAGAGAAUCUACUGUUCUGAAGGACAGUGGACUUCACCACCAGUUUGUAUAGAGCCAUGUACUUUGUCAAAAAAUGAAAUGGAGAAAAAUAAUGUGCUGCUGCAAGGGUUCUAUGAGAAUCAAAUUUACUUUUACCAUGGGGAUUAUGUCGGAUUUUACUGUAAACAGAACCAUUUUGAAGCAGAAUCUGGUACAACUUUAUUUCAAGUGCAGUGUAAGAGAGGACAGCUGACGUAUCCAAGGUGUGUUGAAAGAGGAAAAUAAGUAUGGACUUCAGGAAAGCCUAUAGGAAGGGUAAGAAGCCUCUAAAGGACAAGGCUUGAGGGACAAGAAAAAAGAGCAAGUAUUAAAAAAAAAAAAAAAAAAAAAAAAAGUUUUCAAGGGA